AUGUACUAUCCACGGACAAAGAAGCCACACAAACGUGUGAAAGAAAAUGAAAGAAAGGGCUUGUUCCAAAGGAAAGUGUUCCUGUUCCAUGUGAUAGCCGUACUGUUCCGGGAACAUGGCCGCGCCUGUUCCAGGAACGGACCUUCCCUGUUCCCAACGACGGACUCGAAGUCUGGUCCUCUGCCCGCCGAACGCUAUGACGAGAAGCUUUUUAACCAGAGCGCCUUCCGUGACUGGCUACUACUCAAGGUGGUUUACCGGGAGAACGUCACGGUGCCAGCGCCCAUGUCCUACAGAUGCGGCGUCUUUGUCAACCACGAUUACAAGCUGAUCUUCAUCCGCAACCGCAAAGCAGCCUCGACGACCGUGCUCGACACAUUCAAGACCGCGUGCAAAUCCCAGAAAGUCAUGUGUAUGAAGCCAUUUUCGGAGGAGGAGAUGGAGGCGCGCGGACUUACCCACGACGCCAUGUGGAACUCCUAUUACGUCAUUUCCUCCACACGAAAUCCAUGGGCCCGCGCGGCAAGCGGCUACGAUUACGCGCAAGACAGAAGGGUCGACAGGUAA